GCAGCCCCCGGCCCGCGCCCCCGGCUCUGCCCCGCCUCGGCGCUCCGAUGCCGUUCUCGGGCGAGGAGCGGAGCCUGCAGGGGAUCUACAAACCGGCCGAGGGGCGGCCCGUGUGCUCCGAGUGCUACACCAACCGCUCCUUCGUCUACGACGAUGGCAGCGCCCACAGGCUCUCGUCGCCCGGCGGCUGCGGCGGCGGGGACGGCGGCGGGAGCCGCAAGAGCGGGGUCAUCCUGGACAUCGCCUCCCUGAAGAUGACGGAGCUGGAGUCCGAGGUGCUGCCGCUGCCGCCCCGGUACCGCUUCCGCGAUCUGCUGCUGGGGGACCAGUCCUUCCAGAGCGACGACAGGGUGCAGGUCGAGUUCUACGUGAAUGAAAACACCUUCAAGGAGCGGCUGAAGCUCUUCUUCAUCAAAAACCAGCGAUCGAGCCUGAGGAUCCGGCUCUUCAACUUCUCCCUGAAGCUGCUGACGUGCCUGCUGUACAUCGUGCGAGUGCUGCUGGACAACCCCGAGGAGGGCAUCGGCUGCUGGGAAUGUGAGAAGCAGAAUUACACAGCCUUCAACCAGUCCACCAACAUCAACUGGUCCCACAUCUUUUGGGUGGACAGGAAAACCCCUCUGUGGGCCGUGCAGGUCAGCAUCGCCCUCAUCAGCUUCCUGGAGACCAUGCUGCUCACCUAUCUCAGCUACAAGGGGAACAUCUGGGAGCAGAUUUUUCGCAUUUCCUUCAUCCUGGAGAUGAUCAACACGGUGCCGUUCAUCAUCACGAUAUUCUGGCCUCCUUUGCGGAAUUUGUUCAUUCCUGUGUUUCUGAACUGCUGGCUGGCCAAGUACGCCCUGGAGAACAUGAUUAACGAUCUGCACCGAGCCAUCCAAAGGACACAGUCAGCAAUGUUCAACCAGGUGCUCAUCCUCAUCUGCACCCUCCUGUGUCUCGUUUUCACGGGGACCUGCGGCAUCCAGCACUUAGAAAGAGCAGGUGAGAAGCUCUCCCUCUUCAAGUCCUUCUAUUUCUGCAUCGUCACCUUUUCCACCGUGGGCUACGGAGACGUGACACCAAAGAUCUGGCCUUCCCAGCUGCUCGUGGUGAUCAUGAUCUGCGUGGCCCUGGUGGUGCUGCCUCUCCAGUUCGAGGAGCUGGUGUACCUGUGGAUGGAGCGGCAGAAGUCGGGGGGCAACUACAGCCGGCACCGCGCGCAGACCGAGAAGCACGUGGUGCUGUGCGUCAGCUCCCUCAAGAUCGACCUCCUCAUGGACUUCCUCAACGAGUUCUACGCCCACCCUCGCCUGCAGGAUUACUACGUGGUGAUCCUGUGCCCCACGGAGAUGGACAUCCAGGUGCGGCGCGUGCUGCAGAUCCCCCUGUGGUCCCAGAGGGUCAUCUACCUCCAGGGCUCUGCACUCAAGGACCAGGACCUGAUGAGAGCCAAGAUGGACAAUGGAGAAGCUUGCUUCAUCCUCAGCAGCCGGAACGAGGUGGACAGAACAGCAGCUGACCACCAGACCAUCCUGAGGGCCUGGGCUGUCAAAGACUUUGCUCCAAACUGUCCUCUCUACGUUCAGAUCUUAAAGCCAGAAAAUAAAUUCCAUGUCAAGUUUGCAGAUCACGUUGUGUGUGAGGAGGAGUGCAAAUACGCCAUGCUGGCCCUGAACUGUGUCUGCCCUGCCACCUCCACCCUCAUCACGCUGCUGGUGCACACCUCCCGUGGCCAGGAGGGCCAGGAGUCUCCGGAGCAGUGGCAGCGGAUGUACGGGCGCUGCUCGGGCAAUGAGGUCUAUCACAUCCGCAUGGGGGACAGCAAGUUCUUCAUGGAGUACGAGGGCAAGAGCUUCACCUACGCCGCCUUCCACGCGCACAAGAAGUACGGUGUCUGCCUGAUCGGCAUCCGCAGGGAGGAGAACAAGAGCAUCCUGCUGAACCCCGGCCCCAGGCACAUCAUGGCAGCCUCGGACACCUGCUUCUACAUCAACAUCACCAAGGAGGAGAACUCUGCCUUCAUCUUCAAGCAGGAGGAGAAGCAGAAGAAGAAGGGCUUUGCGGGCAGGGGCAGCUACGACGGCCCCUCCCGGCUGCCCGUGCACAGCAUCAUCGCCAGCAUGGGUACAGUGGCCAUGGACCUGCAGAACACCGAGUGCCGCCCUGCCAACAGCAGCAAGCUGGCCCUGCCUGCCGAGAACGGCUCGGGCACGCGCCGGCCCAGCAUCGCCCCGGUGCUGGAGCUGGCUGACACCUCCUCCCUGCUGCCCUGCGACCUCCUCAGCGACCAGUCCGAGGACGAGAUGACGCAGUCGGAUGAGGAGGGCUCGGCAGUGCUCGAGUACGUGAAGGGCUACCCCCCAAACUCGCCCUACAUCGGGAGCUCCCCGACCCUGUGCCACCUCCUGCCCGAGAAAGCCCCGUUCUGCUGCCUGAGGCUGGACAAGGGCUGCAAACACAACAGCUUUGAGGACGCCAAGGCCUACGGGUUCAAGAACAAGCUGAUCAUCGUUUCUGCAGAGACAGCGGGGAACGGCCUCUACAACUUCAUCGUCCCGCUGCGCGCCUACUACCGCUCCCGCAAGGAGCUCAACCCCAUCGUGCUGCUGCUGGACAACAAGCCUGAGCACCACUUUCUGGAGGCCAUCUGCUGUUUCCCCAUGGUUUACUACAUGGAGGGCACCAUUGACAACCUGGACAGUUUGCUGCAGUGUGGCAUCAUCUACGCUGACAACUUGGUGGUGGUGGACAAGGAGAGCACCAUGAGUGCCGAGGAGGACUACAUGGCAGAUGCCAAGACCAUUGUCAACGUCCAGACCAUGUUCAGGCUCUUCCCCAGCCUCAGCAUUAUCACGGAGCUGACCCACCCCUCCAACAUGAGGUUCAUGCAGUUCAGAGCAAAGGACAGUUACUCUCUGGCCCUUUCCAAGCUAGAAAAGAGAGAGCGAGAGAACGGCUCCAACCUGGCCUUCAUGUUCCGGCUGCCCUUCGCCGCCGGGAGAGUCUUCAGCAUCAGCAUGUUGGACACGCUGCUCUACCAGUCAUUCGUGAAGGAUUACAUGAUCACCAUCACUCGGCUGCUGCUGGGCCUCGACACCACGCCGGGCUCCGGGUACCUCUGUGCGAUGAAGAUCACUGAGGACGACCUGUGGAUCCGGACGUACGGACGCCUGUUCCAGAAGCUCUGCUCCUCCAGUGCCGAGAUCCCCAUUGGGAUCUACAGGACGGAGUCGCACAUGUUCGCCACCUCCGAGCCCCACGACAUCCGAGCGCAGUCACAGAUCUCAAUCAAUGUUGAGGACUGCGAGGACACCAAGGAUGUCAAGGAGCACUGGGGCAUCAAGACGAGCCACCACCGCAACUCGUGCUCCAGCGACCAGUCCGAGCACCCCCUGCUGCGGCGCAAGAGCAUGCAGUGGGCGCGGCGGCUCAGCAGGAAGGGCAACAAGCACUCCAGCAAGACGGCCGAGUGGAUCAGCCAGCAGCGCCUCAGCCUGUACCGCCGCUCCGAGCGCCAGGAGCUCUCCGAGCUCGUCAAGAACCGUAUGAAGCACCUGGGCCUGCCCACCACCGGGUACGAGGAUGUAGCAAAUUUAACAGCCAGUGAUGUGAUGAAUCGGGUAAACCUGGGAUAUUUGCAAGAUGAGAUGAACGACCACCAGAACACCUUGUCCUACGUCCUGAUCAACCCCCCCCCGGACACGCGGCUGGAGCUCAAUGACAUCGUGUACCUGAUCCGCUCCGACCCUCUGGCCCACGUGGCCAACGACGGCCACAGCCGCAAGAGCAGCUGCAGCAACAAGCUGGGCUCGGGCAACCCCGAGACGCGCGACGAGACCCAGCUGUGAGCGCCGC